GAUAAUACGCCAUUUUAGCAAAACAACAAAAGCUGUCUGCUUUUCUCACUAUCUAAGAACAGUUGCUUUGCAGUAAGUGAACUUUACUCUUCCAACUUCCUACUUCCAUCCUAACCCUAACCCAAGAAACACACACACACACACAUAUAUUACCACUCUUCAAAGGAAUUUUCUCUCUUUAUUUUCUCCAAGAACAGGGAAAAAAAAGAAGCCAUGAAUUCUUUGUUUAGAAAUGGAGAUUAGGAAAAGGAGAGAAAACUCACAUUGCUAUUACUGUUCCCAAUGGGGAAGGGAGAAGAAGAGCAACCAGUAGGUACUUCAUUGGAUGCACAGAGUACAUACCAAUAUGCAGAGGAUAGGUGCAGGGGAUGCAGUAGGUUAAAGGGGUUGUUGAGUUUUAAAUGUGUAUUUGUAUUGCUGCUUGGUAUGGGAGUUUUGCUUUCUGCUAUUUUCUUAUUGCCACUUUUCAAGAAUGGAGAUCUGAGGUAUCUGGAUCUUGACAACAAGUAUAAAGGUCAAGGUAAUUUUAUUGAUAUCCAGCAACAAGUGUAUGCUGGGGAACAUAGACAUUUAGCCAUUGAACAAUUAAAUUAUCAAACAGGUCAUGAUAUAGUUGCCAGUUUCAUGCUUGAGCCAGUUCCCUUUGUGAAGGAUUAUAUUGUGCAACUUGCAGAUGAUAUUUUUGAUGAAAUAAGUGUUUCCAAUACUAAAGUGGAGAUAAUAUCAUUAGAAAAUAUAGCUGGACCGAACAUAACGGAGGUUGUCUUUGCAGUUGAUUCUGCAGUGAAAAAUAUAAGGGUCUCUCUAACUGCUCUGAGUUUAGUCAGGUCGGAAUUUGAAACUGUGCUUACUGGCCAAUCAGCUCUGCACUUGACAGCAUCUUUGUUUGGCGAUCCGUUUUCCUUUGAUGUGCUGAAGUUCAGAGGAGGGAUUACUGUGAGCCCUAAACAGAGCGGAUUCCUCAUGCAGCAAGUCCAGAUUCUUUUCAACUUCACCUUGAACUUCUCAAUUGAUGAAAUUCAAGAUAAUUUUCAUGAACUAACAAGCCAGCUCAAAUCAGGGUUACAUCUUUCAUCAUAUGAGAACUUGUAUAUCAGCUUGACAAAUACAAGAGGUUCAACAGUAGAUCCUCCCACUAUUGUUCAGUGCAAAGUUCUUUAUGCAGUUGGGAUAAAUUCCACCAGGUCAAGGUUGAAGCAGUUGUCCCAGACCAUCGGUUCUCAUUCCGACAACCUUGGCCUCAAUAACACUGUAUUUGGAAGGGUUAAACAAGUUAGCCUGUCCUCUUUUCUACCGCACUCUCGAGGUGGUGAUAGUGGUAGCCCGUCACCUUCUCCAGCUCCUCUACCUCACCAUCACCACCACCACAAUCGAGAUUCAAAUCUCGCUCCUGCAAUAUCACCCGCUCCAAGAGUUGAGAAAGGUGGAUCUAUUAGCAGGAAAGUUUCACCUGUACCCGUACCUGCACCAGCAUCUGUUAAAGUACUUGCACCUGCUCCUACACCUGCAAAGCCCAAGAGUCCUGAGGCCCAGCCUCCUUGUCAUUUUGGGAGAUAUCCAAGAAAGGCGAAGGGUCGCCCGCAUAUGGUUCCUGCUCGAGCACCAGUCCAUGCACCUCAUAUUACUCCAUCGCCACACCGGCAAAUACAUGCUCCAACUCCGAUGCCACAUGGACUCGCCGCAUCAAGUCCAUUGCCCAAUGUAGUAUAUGCUCAUGUUCAGCCUCUGCCAAAGAGUAAUUCUGUUGCAGAGCCUCCUAACAGAUUUACUUCAGCUUCACCCUUGCCAUCUUCAUCUUCUAAAGGGAUUCAUUCUUCAAAAUUCUGGAGUCUCCUGCUGUUUUUACUUGUACUACAUCCAUAGCAGCCGGAGGAGGACAAUUAUUUAUUGUCACAACAAAAUUUGCCUCUAAAAACGAGUUCCACGUCAUUCCACCCAGGCAAAGAGACAAACUUGAGGAGUUUGCAUAGAGAGCAAUGCCAAAAGGGCAUCCUUCAUGCUUGGAUGAACAUAUGUCCUUAUAUUCUUGUAAAUAUUUCCAUGAAGAUUCAGCGCGAAGAUGCAUUUUCAGGUCAAAGUCAUAGCGAUGACAGGCCUAUGAUUACGCAUUGCCACUGUUAUGUAUCAUCCCUCUUGCAUAAACAUAAGGAGGGAAAAGCACAACCAACAAAUGUAUAAUAAUCCUUUUUGCUCAUAAUAUCUUCCAAAUCCAUCAUCUAUGAUCCUUAGUACUGAUUCUAGUGAAUGACAGUUUGUUCUUACUUUGUCA